AUGAGUGACGUCCUGGACAUUCUAGACGUGGAACGUCCCAACACUCCAGAGGUCAGCAAGGAGACCAUACUGGGCACAGAUGCUCGGAAAAACAAGCUUAUGCAGAAGCGGAAGCUCAUUGAGGCCACCUUCAAGCGACCCGAAGGGAUGCACCGGGAGCUCUACGCCCUGCUUUUCUCAGAUGCUCGAGACAACCCGCCUUUGCUGCCGACAGACAGCAGCCAGGGCUACAAGCGCAACAAAGCCAAGCUGGGAAUCAGACGUGUCCGCCCAUGGCGCUGGAUGCCGUUUAACAACCCGGCUCGCAAGGAUGGUGUUAUGCUGAGCCACUGGCGAAGACUGGCUGACGAAGGCAAGGAGUAUCCCUUUGCCAAGUUCAAUAAGCAGGUCCCAGUGCCGACGUAUACGGAAGCCGAGUACCAGCAGCAUCUGGCAAGUGCACAGUGGAGUCGGGCUGAGACGGACCACCUGCUGGAGCUGUGUCGACGUUUUGAUCAGCGUUUCCUGAUUGUUAAGGACCGCUGGGACACGGGGCGCUUCCCAACGGGACGCUCUGUGGAAGACUUCAAAGAGCGGUACUACGGCAUUUGCCAGACCUUGGCCCGCAUCAGGGCUUCUCCAGGACAAGAACCCAAAGGGCGCGCCUUCGAUGCCGACCACGAACGCCGCCGCAAGGAACAGUUGCUGAAGCUGUAUGAUCGCACUACAGAGCAGGUUGAGGAGGAGCAGACGCUGCUGGGAGAGUUGCGCAAGAUCGAGCUACGUAAGAAGGAGCGCGAGAAGAAGACGCAAGACCUCCAGAAGCUCAUCACGGCAGCAGACAACAGUGCCGAGGCACGACGUGUCGAGCGCAAGGGCCCCAAGAAGAAGCUCAACAUCCAGAAGAGCAGUCGCAUCGAGCCGGGGGCGGUGGAGUCUGCAGGCAUUCGGUUUCCGGACUUCAAGGCCUGUGGGGUGUCCCUGCGAAGCCACAGGAUGAAGCUGCCAGCAUCAGUGGGCCAGAAGAAGACAAAGGCCAUUGAACAGCUGCUCCAGGAACUGUGUGUUGAGCUGAAUCCAACGCCAUCCGAAGAGGUGUGCCAGCACUUCAAUGAGCUGCGCAGCGACAUGGUGCUCUUGUACGAGCUCAAACUCGCUCUGGCUACGUCCGAGUACGAGCUGCAGACCUUGCGGCACCAGUUCGAGGUGAUGGCGCCCGAGCGAGCGGCCGCCACGGCUGCGGCCACAGGUGUUGCGGCACUGACCAGCUCGUCGAGCGGCAUCGGAGCCAGUAUUGGCAGCACCAUUGGCGUCGGUGUGGCCGAACCUGGAGGAAGCUCCAGCGCCGAAGUACCAAUACGGGGUAUCUCGGAGAUCCUUGACGUCGGUGCCACGCCUGGAACUCCUAACCGCAAGCGGAGGGCUGCCAUCGAGCAGAGCAACCUUUUAAAGAAAUUCAAGAAGGCUUGAGACCACAUUUCUCCCGACACAGAUUGCUCAUUUGACACUCACCUUUCUCUCAGAGGGUCGCACAUCAUGGCCACGCAACUAGGGAUUCGGAAUAAACAUUUCACUCUACAUUAUUAGCUAAGGUUUCAGAGCUUUGAGGAUGCACAAACACAUUGUUUUGUGGAAUUUAAGAAUCACCAGAGGCUUUAUCUUGCAACUUAGCCUGCCUGAACGUACAAAUGUUGAUUGUGUACUUAAUCAGGUUCGUCCUACACGUUUUGUCUUAUGACAAAAAAAUAUCAGGGGCCUAUCAUUAGUGAAGUAGCUUUGAAUGCUUAAGUAUAAUGCUGAAUUCUGAUAGUAUACCUCCUAUCGGCCACACUAAGAGCCAUUGAAGCUGUGCAAGUGAUUUCAAUUCAGAACACGCACAAUGUCGCCGUGAUAGUGUCCAUUUGUAUUCAUUGUCAUUUAAAAAUGUGUAAAGCGAAUGCACAGCUAGCACAUGAGCAAUUUUUAAUCAGUGUUUUCCAUCAUCAAACUCGUGAACACCUGCUUUGGGCACAUUCAUUGCAGUAUUGAACUUGUGUGCUACAGGUUGCAAGUUCGAUUCCUGUAGACUCCGUUUUAUACUUCGUCUUUACAUUUUUGCGUUGAGGCAUAUUGCUGUCUCGUGUGAAUUUGUGCAUGCUAUUCACUCAUGAUACCUUGUGCGUUAAAAAAUGUUUGUCAGUGAUGGUGGGCUGCAUCUGUGGGUGAAGCAAUUCCAGAGGACAUAUUUGUAGUGGCACACACCGCAGAUGCAACAAAUUUCUUAAUGUCACAAAAUUUUUAUUUGUACAUUCACUGCUCUACCUGGGAGAACAGUUGUGAUGACACAUGCAGUCCUGGACAAGUGAAACUCAAACAACAAAUUUGAAAGUGGGACAGCUUUUUCACAAAGGCGAUAAAUCAAGAGAGCAAUUUUGCACAUGGUAAUUACGCAGUUGCAUGUGAUUACUUGGGUGCCACGCAAAGGGUACACACUCAAAUCAUGUCGACAUCAAGUGCACCGGUGAAAUGAACGAAAAAAUGGUUUGCUUAGCCCCGACUGACCCAGAAUAAAUACACAAUGCCUGUCUUUUUUUCUUUUCUGCCAGAGAGCGCCAUUAAGAUGACAUUACUAACCUGUAAACAUAACUGCGCCAGCUCACAUAUAGAAACCAUUAGAACAAAAAAAAGUUUCACCCCUUUUGUGAUAGGAGCAUGUCCUUCCAUUGAUAACCUUUGCAAUGACAGCCUACUUAGGCAGAUGACAUUCAGGUGCAAUUUGAGCACGAAGACCUAACCUGAAAUAGGAAUGGUACAUGCAACUGUGACAAACACACGUAAAGAAAUGCCAUCAACAAUUAAAGAAAAACUGCACGUUGAUUGCCUUUUUUCGCGUUGUUACGCUUUCUGGUGUUAUCACAGAUGUUCAAGCCAGCUCAUGGAGCUUACCCUGCUGACAUGCACAACUGAACAAGGAACAUUACCAUUAACGCCAUUAAAAAUUUUCUGUGAAAGUA